AUGGAUAGAGUAGGGGAGGCGUCAACAUCGACGCCAAUCGACAUCCCAGCCAUACAGGCCGGUAUCGAUCAGAAAAAGCCUGCCAAGCAAAUUGUUCGCGAAUCGGUCAGAAAGAUCGGUGCCCACUAUGCCUACCCCUUCCGCAGUGCUUCUAAUUUCUGGCAAACGAAAGACUUACUGCCGGACAUGAUUGGAGGGGUGACGACUGGUGUGAUGCACGUACCUCAAGGCAUCGCUUACUCGGUAUUGGCGGGUGUCCCUCCGGUCAACGGUCUCUACUCGUCGUGCUUCCCGGAUUUCUUCUAUAUGGUUUUUGGGACAUCCCGUCAUGCAUCAAUAGGUAGUUUCGCCGUAGUCGCCUUGUUAGCUGGCGUGGCCAACACUAAUGUGCAAGAAAUAUUGCGGAUGCGCGAACAGAACGGCUCCUUCUCGGCAGACCCGUAUAGUCCGGUUGAAAUAGCAAUGACCCUGACACUGUGUGUCGGCAUUAUCCAGCUUUUAUGCGGCCUGCUUCACCUCCAGUUCUUAACUAAUUAUUUCUCGGAUGCUUUGGUCUCAGGUUUUACGACGGGUGCCGCUGCCCAUGUGCUAAUCGAGCAAUUCGACGAUCUCCUCGGUGUCAAAAUCCCCAAAUAUUCCGGACCGGGUUAUAUUUUCAAGAAGCUGUUUGCGCUGAUGGUGCGUAUUCCCGAGGCGAAGCCGAUAAUCCUCAUCGUUUCGGCAUUAUCGCUUGCGUUUCUUUACAUCGGUAAAGAAUACCUGACACCGUUUUUGAAGAAGCGUUUUGGGCUAAAAUUGCCGAUUCCUUGGGAACUGAUUUUGAUGGCCAUUGGAUCAGCCUCCUCAUAUUUGAUGAGCAUGAGCCAACGAUAUGGUGUACCGGUGGUUCAGCACAUCCCGAUCGGAGUACCAGAGCCGUCACUGCCGAUUCUCGACCUAAUCCCCGCAUGUCUCGUUGCUGCUCUCCCGAUUGCUGUCGUCGCCACCGCUGUCCACAUCUCAAUGGCAAAAAUGCUAGCCAAACAGUAUAACUACAAAAUUGACGAUCAACAGGAGUUGUAUGCCUUGGGCUUCACAUCUAUUCUUGGAGGGCUUUUCCCGGUUUAUCCUGUAUCAACAGCCCUCGGUCGGACCAUGGUCAAUGUUUCCAGCGGUUCCAGAACCCAGCUCUCGACAGUUUUCUCUUGCGUCCUCCUAUUGACGUUAAUAUUGUGGCUUGGCGUUCUCAUCGAGCCGCUACCAAUGUGCAUCUUGGCGGCGAUUAUUACGGUGGCCCUGAAAGGAAUGUUCCAAAAAUGGGACGAGCUGAAUGCUUUCUGGACGGUCAGCAAAAUUGAUGCGUUCGUCUGGGUGUUUUCCUUCGUUUGCACGCUUUGCGUGGAUGUCGUCUGGGGCUUGGCGGCUUCGAUCGCCUUCUCACUGGCCAUUUUGGUGGCCCGUCUACAAUGGCCGCGAUGGCAGCACUUCUUCCAGCCAAGCCUUGGAAAACCCGCAACAUUUGAUGGGCCUCUAUCCAUCUGCGUGCACAAAUUCAACGCCCCAUUGGUUUUUGCCAAUGUGGAACGGCAAGUUCAAAACAAA